AUGGCAGUGCGCAUGCGCCUACUGAGCGAUCGUGACUCCGAGACCACCAGCAUCGUUGUCGUGGUCAUCACGCCUGCGCCCAUGGUAAGGCCGACUCCCGCAACAUCGAGGCACCCUACCACGGAUGAAUCUACAAUGGUGUCGCCAAACCGCAAGAGACGUUCUAACGAGGCCGCGCAGUCGUCAGGCACGAAACGUCGCGAGACGAAGAAAGACCCGCCGGCGCCCGGGGUUUGGGUGAACGUGGCAGAGCGUGGGCGCCUACUGAGCGUUCCUGACUUUAAGACCGCAAGCAUCGUCCGCGUUUUGGACGACAGGUGCCAUGUGUUCGACCUCAAGACCAAGGCGGAGUUUUUCCAUUUUCGAGACGGGGCUAAUGCCAAGCCCAAUGAAGACCAAAUGAUUAUAUUUGAUCACUUCUUGGAUGAAACAAAAGACAAUGUGUAUGUGUCUUUCGCAUUGCUGGGCUCCGAGGAAUGCUACGGAGUGGUCUCCUUCGUGGCCAGCGAGUUUUAUCAGCGCGUGGACAAGCUGCGGUCAGAGGGCCAGACAUGCGACCUAGCAGUCGCCUGUCUGGAAGUCUACAACAAGGUUGUUCAAGACCUGAUUUGCCUCGACCCGGCCAAGGUCAUUGCCAUAUUGAGCCUCACCAUACACAAGGUAAAAGAGGCCGGCGCUCUUCUCGAGCUGCUCUUGAAAAGGAAAAAGAACCGGUCGCAGCUUGCGACCGACGCUAAUGCUGAGUCAGCAUGGUCGCACCCUAUCUUCCAGAGCUACGCCACAGUAACGGAGAAUGCGACAAGCAUGAGCAAGGAAACUCGCAUCUCGAUGUGCUCUGUUGACCUUGCCGGCUCGGAGCACGCAGCUGCAGCCAGUAGGGACACAAAGGAUCUGAUAUACGAGGGUACCAAGCUCAACCUGUCGCUCCUGGCCCUCGGCAACUGCAUCGACCCCCGCUCGAAGAACGGGACGAAGCAAGUGCCCUACUAA